AUGACUUUCACAACUAGAACAGCAGGUAUUACUCUGAGAAAACUUCUUUCUGAGAUAAGAGUAGUUAGCACAGAAAACGAAUUGAAACACUCUUUGGCAGCCAAAUACGUACUUUCACAAUUUAAAAAAUUCAAGAUAACUGAGCAACAACAAUGCAGAGCGCAAGAAGAAAUGCAUUAUACUGCGAAAACGUAUUUAUGCUAUUUACAAAGUAUACGUGAACUGAAAAAAAUAAAUUUAGCUUACAAUGGGCGUGGAGAACGAAGUAUCCGUGAUACUGCAGAUAUGGUAGGAUUCAAACUUCCGCAUGAUCCUAAGUAACAAAUUUAUUCGUGCGUAAUAAAUACUGUUAAUGCUAGAAGUCUA